UUGGCUCCGAUUGUGUUUUUUGCGGCGCCGGGUGGGCGAGCAAUGUUCCUGAAACGGAAAUGCCGCAAGAGAGACGCCACCAUCAUCAUCAAGCCCACGCCCCCGGGCAGGGAGCCCACUCCUCGUCCUCGUCCAGCAGGAAGCAGCGCGCCCUCGAGACUAUGGUCAUCUUCCGGCGCAGUCUCAUCUACCAGACCAAGGAGUUCUUCCAGAACUCGACACUUCACGGUGUCCGCUACAUCGCCGAAUCGGGUCGACCCAUUGGGGAGAAGUUCAUGUGGUUUUGUUUCACCUCGAUUGGUGCCGUCACGGCCCUGGUGAUCAUCAUGAGUCUGUGGGAGAAGUUCCAAACCAAUCCAACCAUUACGGGCCUGGACACGGACUUUCACAAUCAGAACGUGGUCUUUCCCACGACGGUUGUCUGUCCGGAGGCGGCUUUUGAUCAGGAGAAGGCCUACGCGGCGGUCUAUAAGUCUAUGGCGAACUAUGAUGAUGCACAGGCUCAACUGUACACCCCAUUUCUGGAGCUGAUUACCUCAUUGAGCUUUGAAACGAUUCGAGAUGCUAAGAUGCUGGCCCAGUCCAUACCCAAGGAUCAGCUGGAGGAGAACACCAUCCGACAGUGGGCCUUUGAGGCGCACAUUAGCUGCGAAAGUACCUUCGUGUCCUGCAAGUAUCGGGACGAGGAGAUCCAGUGCUGUGACCACUUUGAGCCCAUCUACACCGAGCAUGGAUUUUGUUAUGCCUUCAAUUCCAGAUUCAAAUCCACGGCCACCGAAGAUGUCAGAACGGGAGCUCCUCAUGAUCUCUAUGAAACGGACAAGAAAUGGGCUCUGUUCUUUGUUCCCAACAGCACUUCUAGGAUCUUUAUAUUCUCGAACGAGGAGUACUUUGGCUCGGAUUUCAAUGCCCAGAUCGAUUGGUCGGAGAGCCAGCUGGUGGAGGUAAGGAUAUCCAAGAAGAACACCUACACCACGGACGAUGCCCGCCAGCUGUCUAUUGGCCAGAGGAAGUGCAUCUUCAGCGAUGAGGUGAAACUGAACUACUUCCCGGAUGCCUACACCUUCUCCUCCUGCAUGAAGCAGUGCCGGAUGAACAAGGCCAUCAAGCUCUGCAAGUGCAAUCCGCCCUUCUACAAGCCGAUAGGUAAAAUAACUAGCCUAUAUCUUUUAAUCUAUGUAUUACUAAUGGCUUGUAUUAACUUAGCCAAUGUACCCAUGUGCAUGGUCAAGGAUUUUGAUUGCCUGGACGAGUUCAAGGCCAAUAUAACCAACAUCAAGGAUUGUCUUCAGUGCGAAUUGAGUUGCUCCAAGACUGUCUUCAAUAUCGACAAGCUCAUAAAGAUAGUGGAUCGCCCGGAGAGCACUGGAGUCUUGGUGGAAUUCCUUACCUGGCCCAUUAUUCGGUACAAGCGCGAGGUACUCUUCGGCUGGGUGGACUUGUUGGUGUCCUUUGGCGGCAUAGCCAGUCUCUUUCUGGGAUUCUCCCUCCUGUCGGGUGUGGAGAUCAUCUAUUAUUUUACGUUACGAGCCUGUUGUAUGGUCUACAAAAAUAGGCAAGAACUGUACGAGAUCGAGGAGCGUAUUCAGAAGGAGCCACCGCCUGCUAUUGAUUUGAAACUAAGCUUGAGAUCUCAUUCCAGGCAGCAGGUGGGAGCCACCCCCUCCUCGGCAGUGCUACAGGUGAAGCCAGCCAUGGAGGCAUCUCAAGGCACCCAAUUCCGUAAAACCGAUAAGGAUUACUCCUCGUUCGCUAAGAAUCUAUAUCGAACUCCGAAGGUCCUGCCCGAUCAUGGCUAUAACUCUACUAACCAAAAGAAUCCCUGGACCACCUACGAUCACUCUCAGUAUAUGCCCUGAAGAACCUUGAUAUAUAAUCGAAAUAAUCCACAAAUAUAUGGAUAUAGGCACUUUAACAAAAAAUGACUUAA